AUGAAAGACCCAGGAAGUCAUAAUCACUCUGACCCUGUGAGUGCAUUCAUUCUUCUUGGAUUCCCUUGUCCCUGGGAGAUUCAGAUCCUCCUCUUCUCCCUCUUCUCUGUGACCUAUGUCCUGACACUCAUUGGAAACCUGUGCAUUAUCUGUUCUGUGUGGUGGACCCAGCAUCUCCAUGCCCCCAUGUACAUCCUGUUGGCCAACUUUUCCUUCCUGGAGAUCUGGUAUGUCACUUCCACUGUCCCCAAUAUGCUAGUCAACCUCCUCUCUGGGACCAACACCAUCUCUUUCUCUGGCUGCUUCCUCCAGUUCUACUUAUUCUUCUCCAUGGGCACCACGGAGACCUUCUUCCUGUCUGUGAUGGCCUUUGACAGGUACCUUGCCAUCUGCAGGCCCCUGCACUACCCCACCAUCAUGACAGUGCGACGCUGCUGCAGACUGGGAGCCUGCUGCUGGGCGUGCGGCUUCUCCUCUUUCCUCCUCCCAGUGUAUCUGAUCUCCAAGCUUCCCUUUUGUGGCCCCAAUACUAUUGAUCACUUUUUAUGUGACCCUGGGCCCCUUCUGAAGUUGUCUUGUGUGCCAGCUCCUUCCACCGAAACCAUCUGUGCUGUAGUCAGCUCAGUCCUAAUUUUCUCCACCUUCCUCUUCAUUACCGGCUCCUAUGCCCUGGUGAUCAGAGCAGUGCUCCGAGUCCCCUCGGCUGAGGGCCGGAGAAAGGCCUUCUCCACGUGUGGCUCCCAUCUGGCCGUGGUCUCCCUGUUCUAUGGCUCCAUCAUGGUGAUGUAUGUGAGUCCCACAGCAGGCAACCCAGCAGGGAUCCAGAAAAUUGUGACUUUGUUUUAUUCUGUGCUGACUCCACUUUUCAACCCCUUGAUUUAUAGCCUCCGGAAUAAGGAAGUGAAAGAGGCCCUGAGAAAGCUGUUUAGGGUUGCAAGAUUCGGUCAAAGACACCCUCUCAAGAGCUAG